UCGGCAGCCCAGCACAGCACCUAGGUAUUCUCCCCUGAGCCUCAAACGCUGGACACGGGGCGUGGCAGGUUGGCGUUGCUUCUGCGGGAGCCAGCAAUGCGCCGAGUGCACAGGGUUAGGUCGUCCCCUGUAUGGACUACCCCUCAAAUGAACGAAUGAACAAAUGAACGCGAUACAAACCGUGCGCGCUGAGCAUUCGCAUUGAACGUCGCCUCGCCACUAACCGUCUGCGCUCCUAUACCCUCUCCGUCCCUCCUUUGCUCUCCUGCCACCUCGUCCGACGGCCGCGCUCCCACCGCUCCCCGCACUCGCCAUACACCGCCGCGCUCCUGACCGCCCACCUGCCCAUUCCCCUACACCUGGACCGCCUGCAUCCCACGACCGUCGAGCCGUCGCAGUCGCAGCCAUGUCUUGGAAGCUUACCAAGAAGCUCAAGGAGACGCAUCUCGCGCCGCUGGCGAACACAUUCAGCCGCUCGUCGUCGCAGUCCACAAUAGUCAACGACGCCAAGUCGUCCAGCUCCGCGAGCAGCGGCACUACCCUCACAGACGCGAAAGACGCCAAUGGCAUCGCCGCCUCAGAAGCGAACGCAGCCCCGCCUCCACCGCCUCUGCGACCCGGUAUCCUGAUCGUCACGCUGCAUGAAGGCAAGGGCUUCUCUCUGCCGCCCGGCGCUGAAGCGGCUUUCAACGCUCCCGGCGGACACCACCAGGGUUCUCUCUCACAGGGUGGCGGACUCUCGGUCGCAGGAUCAGUACGGCCGGGCUCGUCAUCGCGAAACCCUGGUGUGGGUUCCUACACCGCCCGACCGCAGUCCGCCGCUGGCAGCAUCAACGCCGCGCCCACCAUCCACGGUCGUUACUCCUCGAAACACCUCCCCUAUGCCUUGUGCGACUUCGACAAGCAGCAGGUCUUCAUUAAUGCCGUGUCCGGUACACCCGAGAGCCCCAUGUGGGCAGGCGGCAACACCCAAUACAAGUUUGAUGUGUCUCGUACCACCGACCUUACCGUCUCGCUUUACAUUCGCAACCCCAAUGCGCCUCUCAACGCUGGCCGAAACGAGGACAUUUUCAUUGGAACGCUCAAGAUUAGCCCCCGGUUCGAGGAAGCGCAGGUGCUCGACGACAAGACCGGCAAGAAGUCAGAGAAGACUGGCGCUGGCCAGACUGGUGCUGAGUGGGUCACUGUGCAAUUCGGCACUGGUGAAAUGAGAAUUGGCGUCAACUUUGUGGAGAACCGUCAAGACCGCCUUGCCAUUGACGAUUUUGACCUUCUCAAGGUAGUCGGCAAGGGCAGCUUUGGAAAAGUCAUGCAGGUGCAGAAGAAGGACACACACCGAAUCUACGCGCUCAAGACCAUCCGUAAAGCCCACAUCAUCUCCCGUUCUGAGGUUGCGCAUACCCUUGCUGAGCGAUCCGUACUCGCUCAGAUCAACAACCCGUUCAUCGUGCCUCUCAAGUUCUCUUUCCAGUCGCCCGAGAAGCUCUACUUGGUCCUGGCUUUUGUCAACGGCGGCGAACUUUUCCACCAUCUGCAGAAGGAGCAGCGUUUUGACAUCAACCGCGCGCGCUUCUACGCGGCAGAGCUGCUUUGCGCGCUCGAGUGCUUGCACGGAUUCAACGUCAUUUACCGUGAUUUGAAGCCCGAGAACAUUCUGCUUGACUACACUGGACAUAUCGCUCUUUGCGAUUUCGGUCUCUGCAAGCUGGACAUGAAGGACGAGGAUCGGACCAACACUUUCUGUGGAACACCGGAAUACCUUGCUCCUGAACUUCUUACCGGCGGCGGAUACACAAAGUCUGUCGAUUGGUGGACACUGGGUGUUCUCCUCUACGAGAUGUUGACUGGUCUGCCGCCUUUCUACGACGAGAACACGAACGACAUGUACCGCAAGAUUCUCACUGAGCCACUGCACUUCCCUGGCCCAGAGAUUGUUCCACCUGCUGCGCGAGACCUCCUGACUCGUCUGUUGGACCGCAACGCCGACAAGCGACUUGGAGCCAAGGGUGCAGCUGAGAUCAAGGCACACUACUUCUUCCACAGCAUUGACUGGCGAAAGUUGCUCGAGAGGAAGUACGAGCCCAGCUUCAAGCCUAGCGUGGUUGACGCCAAGGAUACUGCCAACUUUGACCGCGAAUUCACAUCUGAAGCUCCCACUGACUCGUUCGUGGACGGCCCGAUGCUGUCUCAGACGAUGCAGCAGCAAUUCGCCGGUUGGUCAUACAAUCGCCCAGUUGCUGGUCUCGGUGAUGCUGGAGGUUCCGUAAAGGACCCUUCCUUUGAGGACGUGAACCAAAGAUAAGGUGCUUUGUACUCCAGCCUCGGAAACUGCCUUGCAUCGGGCGCUUUUCCGGAACUCGGUCGACGCGCCGAGUGUUCGCGUAGUUCUUAGGCCGGCGCCAACUCAGCCUCAGUUGCUGUCGGCUUCUGGAUGCAUAGAUAGAUGAUUUUGUGAUUGGUGGGAUCUCCCAGCGCUUUUUGUUCCUUUGGACGGGUUCUAGCAACGGCAUCGGCGCAUGGGGCAGCAUUUGUGCGAGGGAAGUCCGAGUUAGGCAAAUCAAGACGAUAUCCCAAGUAAGAAAAUUUCC